CCAGUACGCCGAACCGCAACGACCAGAGAGCAAUCGCUCGGAAAAAUCAAUCGCCGGCGAUCGAAAACGACGGCUCGCCAAGACGUCUUUCUCUCUUCUUCAAGCAAACACUGUCAUAUCUCUCUCUCUCUUUCUCUUCCUCCCUGAUAUUUAUUAUGAUCGUCUGCUAGAGAUCACUUUCCCUCGAUAUCAUCUUCUUCUUCUUCGUUGUCGAAUUUGCCUCAGUUAACGUCUCGAUCUCUGCUCGGAGUAAUCAUAGAGAUCCCUAAAAAUGGUGGAUCCGGGACCGAUUACGCCGGGACAGGUGUCUUUUCUACUUGGAGUAAUCCCAAUAUUUAUCGGUUGGAUAUACUCGGAGCUACUUGAGUACAGGAAAUCUUUGGCUCCCUUGAAACCCCACUCAGAUAAUAAUCUGGUUGAAUCCGGAGGCGUAUCGGAGAAGGACGAUGACAAAACUGAUUUAUUGGAGGGAGGUCUUGUCCGAUCGACAUCUGUAAGAUUUCAUAAUUCAUCCAUCAGAACAAACAUAAUCAGGUUUUUGAGUAUGGAAGAUUCUUUUUUGCUGGAACACCGAGCAACUUUGAGAGCAAUGUCGGAGUUUGGCGCAAUCUUAAUUUAUUUCUAUAUCUGUGACCGCACGGAAUUACUUGGCGAUUCAACCAAGAAUUACAACCGCGACCUUUUCCUUUUUCUCUAUGUUCUUCUCAUCAUAGUAUCAGCCAUGACAUCUCUCAGGAAGCACAAUGACAAGUCACCCAUAAGUGGGAAAUCCAUUCUUUACCUUAAUCGCCACCAGACUGAAGAGUGGAAAGGAUGGAUGCAGGUUUUGUUCUUGAUGUAUCACUACUUUGCUGCGGCUGAGAUAUACAACGCAAUCCGUAUCUUCAUUGCUGCUUAUGUCUGGAUGACUGGUUUUGGAAACUUUUCGUACUACUAUAUCAGAAAGGAUUUCUCUGUUGCACGUUUUGCGCAGAUGAUGUGGAGGCUGAACUUCUUUGUAGCAUUUUGCUGUAUUGUUCUCAACAAUGACUAUAUGUUGUAUUACAUCUGCCCAAUGCACACUCUCUUCACCCUAAUGGUAUACGGAGCUUUGGGUAUCUUCGGCAAGUACAAUGAGAUAGGAUCUGUGAUGGCUCUGAAGAUAUUUUCAUGUUUCCUCGUUGUCUUUUUGAUGUGGGAAAUUCCUGGAGCUUUUGAAAUAUUCUGGAGUCCUUUAACAUUCUUGCUAGGUUACAGUGACCCUGCGAAGCCCGAUCUUCAUCGAUUACAUGAAUGGCAUUUCAGAUCAGGCCUUGAUCGUUACAUAUGGAUCAUUGGAAUGAUUUAUGCCUAUUUUCAUCCAACCGUAGAGAGAUGGAUGGAGAAGCUAGAGGAUUGUGAAACGAAGAAAAGACUAUCUAUCAAGACUGCCAUAGUUACCAUUAACGUGAUUGUUGGCUACGUGUGGUAUGAAUGUAUCUACAAGCUGGAUAAGACCAGUUACAACAUGUAUCACCCAUACACAUCUUGGAUUCCCAUAACUGUUUACAUAUGCCUUCGGAAUUUCACCCACCAGCUUCGGAGUGUCUCAUUGACUCUCUUUGCGUGGCUUGGCAAGAUCACAUUAGAAACUUACAUUUCCCAAUUUCAUAUAUGGCUAAGAUCAAACAUGCCUGAUGGGCAACCAAAAUGGCUUCUCUCUAUUAUUCCGGGAUACCCUAUGCUCAAUUUCAUGCUCACAACGGCGAUAUACGUCCUAGUAUCUCACCGUCUCUUUGAACUAACUAACACGCUUAAGAUAGUUUUCGUACCCACAAAAGACAACAAGCGGCUUUUCUCUAACUUCAUAGCUGGGAUCGCCAUUGCUCUUCCCCUCUAUUGCUUCUCAUUCGUGCUUCUUCAGAUUCAUCGCUAAGACCCGCAGAAAGUAGUGUUGUUUUUUGUGUUUCUUCGUUGGAGUCUCUCGUCAAAGCAAAACAAAAUAAGAUAAAGACAAGUUAGCUUUGUGGAUCAUUUUCUUGUGCAUAUUUAGCUUCAGAGUUUGUUCAACAAAGCCAAGACAAGGAUCUCAGAUACCAACAAUGCUUUGCUCUGUUGCCAUAUGAUAUCGAAGUAAUUGUUUUCAAUAUUUUUUUUAUAUAGUUUCUUUAGAUUUUUUGUUUUGUUUGUAAGCAUUAAGCAAACAAUCUGUGUGGUCGUCCAAAAAAUGUAUAUUGAUGUUAAAGUAUUAAUCAAAUUGCCAAAAAGGUGAAA